AUGGCGUGUCCUCACGUGAGCGGUUUGGCGGCGCUUCUCACGGCAGCGCAUCCCGAGUGGAGCCCCGCGGCGAUUCGCUCAACCCUUAUGACGACAGCCAACAUAUCCGGCAACGACGGCAAGCCCAUCAUCGACAGCGCGAAUCGUAGACCAUCGACGCCGUUCGCACACGGUGCCGGACACGUGUCCCCUAUACCCGCACUCAGCCCAGGGCUUAUCUACGAUCUGACGGCGGAGGAUUAUCUGAAUUUUUUAUGCGCGUCCAAUUACACGUCAUCCCAAAUCAAGAUCAUCGCGAGACGAGAUUUCAGCUGCGAUCCGAAGAAGAGUUACAAACUCUCCGAUCUCAAUUAUCCGUCCUUCGCCGUCAUAGUCUCACAAGGUGGAGGCGAAGCGUACAAACACACGCGCAGCGUAACGAGCGUCGGCGGGGCCGGUACGUAUACGGUCCAAUGUGCUUUUGAUAAAAUAGCGGUCAACAUUUCGGUCGAACCGGCGGUUCUCUCUUUCAAGAAAGUCAACGAGGUAAAAUCUUAUACGGUGACUUUCAGAGUCAAUCCGUCCAUGCUUGCGGGAACCAAUAGCUUUGCGAGGAUUGAAUGGUCCGAUGGAAGCCACGUGGUUCGAAGCCCCGUGGCAUUAAGCUGGCGUAGUAAUUAA